AUGGCGAUUCGAACGAAACAGCCCAACCUAGAGGACCCGCCGCGCACCCCCUCGCCCCAGAGUAUGCCGACGUAUGAUCACACUGCGUCGCCCACGCUGCACUACUCCCCACCGCACCAGCCGCACUGGCCCGGGUGGCGGGCCAGCGAAGAAGCCUAUGCUCUGGCGAACCGACCGCCCCGCCCCGCGAGAACUGAGGAGCCAGGGAACGCUCAGAACGAGGGAGAGGUAGGCGAAGGAGCGGCCCAGCCGGCUCAGCCAGUGGAGUGA